CCUAUUGAAGCUUAUAAGGCUUAUAUAAGCUCCGUAAUCGGUAUCGGAGGAUGCCGUGGAUGCCGUGACAAGAGAUAAGAUCAGGCUACCUUCCCCCAUCAAUAGAUGAAGUACAGGAGACAAUCUUGGGGCAAAAGCGACUCCGGCAAAACAUCCUCAGAUGUCCGAUGACGGGGAUCCUCGCUACUUCGGCGCUCUGGCGCCCGAGCUCAUCGACAAUGUUUUGUUCGAGAUCGACUCAGUGCGCGCCCUCAGCAACUCAAUCAUCGCCUCCCGUUACGCCCGUCGGCGCUUUGAGGGGCGAAAACAUCCUGUCCUCUGGCGCGUCCUGCAGAACGAGCUCGGCCCCGUUUUAACGGAUGCCAAGUUCCUACGCCUGUUUCCUUACGCGGACCCUGGCGGUAGCCCGCAGAAGUGGAUGGCGUAUCGGGAUGGGAUCCACAACAUGGCUGCAGUUCACAAGGGCAUGUUAGGUAGCGACGGCUGCGGUAGGGCAGGAGGCGAUGUGGCUGUCCCAAGCUUUGCGGAGCUGACCCAACUCUGUCGCACGCUCCACAAGAUGAAUUUCCUCGCCAGCACCUACGUCACGGCGCAGCUGCGCUCGUUCAGCGGCGAGGAACUGGCCACUGCGCCGCCGUCGCGCGCGGAGCGGCUGCGAGUGUUGCGGGCGUUCUACCGGCGCCAGAUCGUCUGCAACACCUGGGCGCCGACGAGGCGAGAACUCUACUGGACGAACCAGGACACGGCCGCCAUCAGUAACACUAGCGAACACCAGGGCGAGCGCCUGGGCCUCUUCGCCGCCUUUGAGCCCUGGGAGCUGCAGCAGGUUGACCACGCCGACUGGUUCGUCACCCGGCUCUGCGCGGCGCUCUGCCUCGCCGGAGAGGAGGUAGCGCAGCCGAUCGGCGAGGCCAAGUUCGGCGAUAUUUUCUCCCAUGCAGACCACCUAGUACAGUACAUGCGAGAGCAUCCGAGCAUCACAGACACCGUGCUCCGCACCUCAUUGUCACCGCGGCGGCUGAGAAGCCAAGAGGUUCCCGAUGCCACGCCUGCGUGCAGCCAAUAUAUAGAGCGGUAUUCCCUGCUUUGCCCUCAGUUCGCCUGGCAGAUCCAACGGUUGGAGAGUUUCCCGGACCCAGCGAGAGACCAACACGGCGAGCAGCAACAGCAGCAGGAAGAUGACAGCGGACUAUCGGUCAACUUUGUCGGGGACGCGGUGGACCUACCCCCAUUCGGCUGGGUGGACGCGCUGGAUGGGCGCUAUGUGAAUUGCUUUGGAGACGCGCUUGUCGAUUUCAUUUCCCGGACGGUGGUGCCGGACGACAAGGAGAUGUAUUUCGCGUGCCAUGUUUCUCUAGAGGCGUGGAGAAGCGCCGGGUUUGCGUUGUGGGAUCAGAGGAGAGUCAAGGCUAUUAAGGAGCUGGACCGGCUGAGGACUCUGCGGACAGGGUGGCUUGUGUACUAGUGGUGUCGCGGGACACGGUGAUGUUUUGGCUAGAGAGUAGGUUGAUACUGAACAGCAACGAGCCUUAUU